AUGGCUCCAGGAUCUUUCCCCAAGUUUGCUGAUGGUAAUGUCAAGAUAGCUGUGCUGCCAGAUAUCUACCAACUUCAGUCUUCUGUACUUGAAGAACGUUCACCCAUCUUGAGACUCCUUCUUAAAAGAAACCGGCAAGAGACUCAGUACAACACAUCUCGAACCUGUGUCAGCAUGAAUUUGGUUGGCUCAUCCGCCCAUAAGUACGGAAUGCUGGAGGUACAGGACUACGAUGACUCCCGGUGUGCGAUUGACGAGACCACCAUGUGCUCCUUCCCCAUAUGGCCAGAAAAGACCCGCGUCGUCUGGUCCAACCUCUUCAAAAUCUUCUACGACAUCCCCGCACUCCUUGACAACAACGGCCUCGACUCAAUACUAGAGAACUGUCAGGCCCUGGUCGAUCUGGCGGAAGAGCUGCAGUCCUCUGAUGUCGUCUGCCCCGCCAUUAGCACAACCCUCCUCGGCUUCGACCAGCAGCUCUACCGGCUCAUUGCUCAGGACCCAAUCUCGUGGGUCAAGCUUGCGGUCCGCAUGCAAUCGGCGCCCAUAUUUCAAGAGUCAAUGGUCCAUUUAAUAGGCAAAUGGGGGCUUCUCGAAGAAAGGGAUCGCGAAACACUGCCCAAAAGUAUUCGCACGCUAUGCACUCAAAAGCUCCAUGACCUGAACGGAAUCAAGAAGAUUGUCGAGCUGCGAAUCACAAAGCGCCUUCCCCGUCUACGCUCAGAUAACCCUCAUUACCAAGAAACAAGAACAAGCAACGUCUUUGGUUGGAUGGCUUUGAGCUUCUGCCAGCAGUGGCUUUGCGAGUCUUUUGCAGAGGGUCGCAACCGCCAUGCCCCAGAUGGAGGAGCGGCAUUCUACCGCGCCGUUGCGGCAGGAGGCGAUGCUUCCUUGACCAGGGUCAACCAGGACAUUUCUCAAUUUCCUUCGUCGCCCAGGGCCAGCGUCGGCAGCACCAAGGGAUUGAAAGAACUUGAAAAGGCCCUCAACGAGCUGAAGGAGGGCAUGACAGGCGUGGUUUCGGACUUGCUUGUUAAUCAAGCCAAGUACGAUCCCGAGAUUUUGGGAGAACUCCCACACCUUACCUGUUGCAGAGUUAGCGAAGAAGAAAUGCCGCCGGCUGAAGUGACGUUCAGCUUGGAGAUGAACUCACAGCUCCAGGGAAUCGGGAAUGACAUGACACAUAUUCCGAACAACAGCAACGUCCAUCAAACCUUUCUCCCUGCAGGAGCUGCAGCUAUCAUGGGCAGUACCAACGUCAUGAUGGGGUUUGAUAACAACAUCAAUAAUUACCCGCUCGACCCUCGACUGCAAAACAACGACCCUAACGUCUUCGGAUACAGCGCCUUCAAUCAGCAAUCCACGGAUCCUACUCUAAUAUGGGGAAGUCCUGCGGGCUUUUCAUCCCCAAACAUGCCCAACUACGACAAUGGAGGCGCCCUACCGUCGAUUUCCGGUAUCACCAACACUAACGACUUCUUCCAGGCGCAGGCGCAGGCGCAGUUCGACGGUAAUAGCAAUUUAAGGGGUAGCCUAGACAUGUUCGAUGUCCCUCUUCUGACUGAUAACGAUGGCUAUGUGCACAAUGGUAGUGACGGAAGUAUGGCGUUUCUCUGA